AUGAAGGGAAUCAUUUCCGAGAAGGUUGGCGAGCCUUUUAAAAUCGUUGAUAAUCUCGAGGUCCCUGAGCCAUCAUCGGACCAGAUCUUGGUCAAGUCGAUUUACAUGGCUAUUAAUCCAGUUGACGAAUUGAUGAGGACGACGGGAGCCCUCGUUCAAGAAUGGCCGCUGGGUCUUGGGCUCGACGUCGCAGGCAUCGUGGUAAAGGCUGGCGAAAAUGCUGCCUCGUCGUUUAAAGUUGGCGAUCGUGUUUGCGGUUGCUCUCGCUUGGGAUACUUUGGGUACAACGGCGGGCAGGAAUAUUUCCUGAUGGAUGCCAAAGUUACGAUUCCCAAACCGAAAAAUAUUUCUCUAGUGGAAGCUGCUACAAUUGGCGUCGGUGUUGAGACUGCAGGCCUAGGUAUCUUCAACUCUCUCGAUGUCGAGUUGCCCAAGCUGGAAGAUGUCCGCGAAGGGAAAUAUGUACCUCCAAAAAGGGAUGAAUGGGCAGUUGUUCUUGGAGGCUCCAGCAGUGUUGGAAAAUUUGGCCUCCUUGAUGUCUGCGGAUAUAAAGUGAUCGCAUCCUGUUCAGAACAGUCAGUUCCGCUUGUGAAAAGUCAGGGAGCGAGGGCUGUAUUUGACUAUAAAAUGCCAAUUAGAGAUCAAGUCAAAACUGUCCUUGAUAUUACCAAAGGCAGAGUCCACCGAGUCUUUGACGCCGCGGCGACUGGUGAUGCGUUCGCGAAAGAGCUGUUCAAAAAGCUCCCAGCAGGAGGUCCAAAGUUGUUUUCCACGACAAAUGCCUGGAGUAAAAUCACCGACUUUGAAGGGGGGAAAACUACGAUUGUUCAGAUGGGUACAAUUGGAAGACCCAACGGAGAGCAUAUCAACAAGCUUCUUGAAGAGUACAUCCCGGUGUUUGUGGCUUUGUUUGAACAGGAGAAGCUACUUCCUGCUCCCUUUGAUUUGAUCGAACGCGGAGGGUUUGAGGAUGCGCUUGAGGCAUAUCGAUAUCACCAAAAGGGAGCGGGAAGAUCGCACAAGGUAGUGGUCAAGAUUCAGGAAGAGUAG